AUGGAUUUACUUUUUGUUGAUUUCUUCUUAUGUUUUCAGAUGCCAUUUAUUGAAACCCAAAAGCCUGAAAACCAGACAACACUUAGGAAUUUCUUAUUACUGAAUUUUUCAGAUUACUGGGCUUUUAUAACUAUUUUGUUUUUUAUUAUUUAUUGUAGUAUCUUGUUUGGUAAUUCCUGCAUUUUUGCUAUCAUUAGGAUCGAUGCAAAGCUGCACACUCCCAUGUUUUUUUUCCUGAGUAACCUGUCCUUGUUGGACAUCUGUUACUCAUCUGUCACACUUCCCGUCAUCUUAUAUAACUGCGUAACAGGCAACAGAAAGAUUUCUUACCACAAAUGUAUUGCACAGUUGUCUCUGUUUGUGUCACUAGGAGGAACGGAGUGUAUUCUAUUGGCUGUCAUGGCAUAUGACCGUUUCAUUGCCAUAUGUAACCCACUACAUUAUCCAGUGGUCAUGAGCUACAAAGUGUGUGCCAGUCUGGCUGCGGUGUCAUGGCUGAGUGGAAUCCUAAACUCCAUUAUUCAUACAGUCAUGACCACAAACCUCACAUUCUGUCAAUUGGAACAGAGCAUCAAUCACUUCUACUGUGAUGUGCCCCCACUCAUACAAGUGGCUUGUAAUUCAACCACAUCCAUUAAAUUAUUGCUGAACAUUGUCAGUAUAUUUUUUGGUUUUACUCCAUUUCUUUAUAUUGUCAUAUCCUAUGUCAACAUCAUCUAUGUGAUUUGGAAAAUCAAGUCUUCUGAAGGCCGAUGGAAAGCUUUCUCAACCUGUUCCUCCCACCUCAUCGUUGUGACCAUUUUCUAUGGGACUGCUAACUUUAACUAUGUUGGACCUUCAGGUUACUCUUUGGAAGUUGAGCGUUUGGCUUCUCUCUUGUAUAGCAUUCUGACUCCUCUUGUAAAUCCCAUUAUCUACUGCCUGAGGAACAAAGAUGUUAAACAUGCCUUGAAAAAAAAAAUUCAGAUGCUUUUAUAUUAG